ACUCAGAGGCACAACCGCUCGACCAGGCUCUGGAUGUUUUGGCGAUGAAUAAAUGUACCCUUUCCCUCCACCUCCCAGACAUACUCACCAGCAAUCUCGAAGCACCUAGUAUCAAGUGGCUGCUGGAAACAUCCACGGAUCCUGAAGUAUUCAUCGCGGCGGCCAGCCUUGUUCCGCUGGUCGAAUGGCCCCUGGAUCUUGACGUCUCAGACAUGCUGCAUCAGUUGUCUGAUAUUUUCACAAGUUGCGUCGGCUUUGAUGGGCAAAUUGUACCAUCGUUGGAUGGGAAGGCCUCAGCUUGUAUAAUGGCUAUGAGUCAUCUAUAUUGUGGCCGCGUUCUUCAUGCCUAUCCAGACCGCGGUGAACUUCAUGGCCGCGGGAGAACAGACUUCGGCAUGUUUAAUGAGAUGACCUGGUGGAACAUUGGUGACGCCAAUGACACGGUGCUUACCACGACUAUGAAUCUUUUUCUUCCGGAAGAUGAAAAUGGUGGAUUUAUGUGGUAUUCGUUAGAUGAUUGUCCCGACCAUGUCACAGAGUGGCUGUCACAUUGUCUUCCUUACCACUUUGUCACUGGGCGAGUAAAUCAAGGUAUAGAAGCAUUCGCCAUAAAGGUGAUAUCAAAACGCCUAUCCUCUCCAUCCUCUCCGUCGAAUCAAAUCAUAGCCAAUUGCACUCUUCUCGCUUGCGUCAUGGUCGGGGUUCAGUUUGACAAGAAGAACAUAAUUCGGAUUGAUAAAAGUGCUGCUCUGCCUCAAGUCACGCAAUCCCUUUUAGCGCGGUUUCAAAGCGUUCUCUGGGCAUGGGAUGGAGGCGAUCUCGAGAAAGACAGCACAGGAGUCACACGCCGAGCAUAUCAUCUCCUCAACAUCAUCUGUCGCAUACUUGAGCUUGCUCAAAGUCACUAUAAUCCUUCAUUCGACACCAUGCGAAAUCUGGACGUGUGCAAGAAGAUCUAUUCACGAGCGAAGUCACCCGAUCUCUCGGUUUCAUUGUCAGCUCUACCAAAUGCACUGCGCUUCACGCUCACUGCUUCCCAAGUAUCUCGGGACCCUGCCAGCUUGUGGACUGACUCGUAUUCAACAGGCGAUUCCCACUCACCAGAAGAUUUCGACUGGCUGGUGGAAUACCUCGACUACAUCUAUUCCGACGACAAAGAAGCGGCAUUUGACAUCCUUUUGCUCAUGAGUCUCAUGGAAGUACGCUGCAGCCCUGCUAAACAACAUCAGUUCUUCGAGAGCCUCAUCGCCUGCAUGGGCAGUAACAUGCCUGUCCAUUUGCGUUAUGCCGCUCUUCGUGCUGCUCGCAUUGUCCGAGAAGAAAUUGUCUCGAUUGACACCAUCGAUGUAAAUGUACGGGACAUGGUUUUGACCAAGUUAUCCCCCGCUAUCUUGACUACGGUUUGUCCGCGACCAGGCACAACACUCGCCGACGAUCCUCACCACUUCUUCCAUGAUGACCGCGACAAAUGCUAUCUCGAACUGAUCUUUCCCCUCGCAAGGAAUUCCAAUUGGCACCCCCAUUUGUUUGGGGAUCACCAUAUUGAUCGGUGCAUCAGCAUGGUCGGAGAGUACUGCAGAUCAUACUCGAGGCAUGCCUUUUACCUAUCUGGUAUCCUCUUCCGAAUCGCACCUGAACAAUUGUCGGUCCCAUCGCUCGAUGCUAUCACAGAGCAGCAGUGGUGGGACAUGAUAAGCAGCGCGUGGUUCUGUGCUCAAUUUGUAAUUGGCGACAUAUACUGUUUCGAGUCCCUUCCCGUCCUUGUGGAAGGCACGAAGAGGUAUAUGGGGGUUGCUUCGGAAGAUGGUCUCGAGCGGCUUGUUAGAUGUGUGGAUGUUGUUCUCGAUAUACUUGAGGGGAGAGAUUCAGAACAGGGAGAGGGAGAGAGUGUCACCGUUACUGUGAAAGAGUUCAGGGCUGUAGCCAGCGAUAUGCUUGAGAAGUUGGUCAACAGUAAAGGAGUUAUUAGUUCCUAAUUAUCACAUUGUUUGCAUGUUGUACUAGAAAUCAGAGGAAGGGAUGCAGUGCGGAAGGGGAUAGGUAUCAUAACAAAAGGGUGUUGUUGCCCUAGACCUUGCGGAUGAAAUGACAGCUUCGUUUCACGUUUCGUAUUACUUUCGGUACCUUUGAUUUCAAACCUUCAGUAACUACGAUCUUGCUCGCUGGGCUUCUUGGGUGCUUCCUUGCUUAUUGUCGUCACUGUUUUAUUUGUAUUUCUCUCCUACGGUAACUUGGCCAAUUGAUCAUGAAUCUGAAUCUUUGAGUGGUGACAGGGUCGACUGAGUACUGCGCUUUUUGCGGGAGUCCGAUGGUCAUGGCGUA